AUGUCUGGGAGCGAGAUCUACAGCGCCAUAGAUCUGACAGACGGUUUCUAUCAGAUCCUCAUGAGGGACUGUGACAUUCCGUUCACUGCGGUCAGCACCCCAAGCGGGAUGCUUUGGGAGUGGUUAGUCAUGCCACAAGGUCUUAAGAAUGCUCCAGCUACGUUCAAUCGGAUGGUGACACAAGUACUUCGCCCACUUUGCGACUUUGCACCGAGCUACUUUGACGAUAUCUUUGUUCACAGCCGCGCUGAGCAAAAGUUCAGCGCUACGGAGGUACUUGAAGCAGGUGUUUCAAGUAAUGCACGAGAAUAA